CUGAUUGUGUUGCGAGGGAGAAUAAAUCAUGGCCGCAACAUCUCUCCCAUGAAAAAACCCGAAUCUUCUCCUCCUGUUCGUCCUGUCCACCGUGAUUCGUCUCAUGGUGAAACCCAGUCACAAUGGCAUCGUAUGAAUUGAAAAACCAAGUAUCCGCCAAUAACGAGGUCCGCAUCUCGGGUGGCUAUUCGACAAAGGAUCGCGACAAUGCUGAGCUCGCGCGCCUGGGAAAGAAACCGGUUCUGAAGAGAAACUUCGGGAUCUUGUCGAGUCUCGGCUUCAGCUGUACCAUUCUCGCCACCUGGGAGGGUCUUUUUGGUACCUUCCUCAUCCCUCUGCAAAAUGGAGGUCCAGCGGGCGCGGUCUACUCGUUCAUCUUCGCGUGGACGGGAACAGCAUGUUCCUUCACAGUGCUUUCGGAGCUGGCUUCGAUGGCACCAACGUCCGGAGGGCAAUACCACUGGUGCGCGAUGCUUUCCCCACCGAGGGUCAUGAAAUGUCUGAGUUACAUCACCGGUUGGGUCACCACCAUUGGCUGGAUGUCUGCUUUUACCAGUGCCAGCUUCUUGGCUGGGACGGAAAUUCAGGGCGUCGUGACCCUUGCGCACGAACACUAUGAUCCCAAGCCAUGGCAAGGCACCCUGAUCAUGUGGGCAGCGAUUUGUUUAGCCCUGGCAAUCAACAUCGUCGGCGGAAAGUUGCUUCCUAGAUUUGAGACCCUUGUCCUGGUCGUUCAUAUCCUGGGAUAUUUUGCGAUCCUGAUCCCGUUGACGUACAUGGCCGACCACAAGUCAAAAAACGAGGUCUUCAAGGAGUUCGUAAACAGCGGCGGUUUUCCCACGGACGGGCUAGCGUUUUUCGUCGGAAUGACUGGGUGUGUUUUUGCUUUCGCGGGUGGUGAUGCAGCGGUCCACAUGGCUGAAGAAGUCGCAAAUGCCACGGUCGCGAUCCCUCGCGCGGUUCUUCUCAGUGUUCUGAUCAACGGCACCCUUGGGUUUACCAUGCUGAUCGCCACUCUUUUCUGCAUGGGGGACAUCGACAAGGCCCUCAAUACGCCCACCGGGUAUCCCUUCAUUGAAAUCUUCUACCAGGCCACUGACUCCGUUCCGGGGGCGCUUGGCAUGAGUUCGGUCCUGCUCAUCAUUGCCGUCUGCUCAGUCAUUGGUAUGCUGGCGGCCACCUCGCGACAGUUUUGGUCGUUCGCCAGAGAUCGCGCGGUGCCCGGUUGGCGCUUGUGGAGCAAGGUUUCGUCGAGGACAUACACUCCGACCUAUUCCAUUCUGCUCACCAUGACCGUCGCAUGUCUGCUGGGACUCGUCAACAUUGGAUCUGAUGUUGCCCUGAACGGUAUCAUCUCCAUGGCGGUCUCCGGCAUUUAUCUUUCCUACCUGAUCGUCGCCUCGCUUCUCCUCUACCGUCGUUGCACCGGCCAGAUUUCUCUGUACAACGACGGGGAGGACGUGCUGGUCAACGUACCGGGCGCGAAGCUGAUGUGGGGGCCCUUCCACGUCCGAGGCAUCUUCGGUACCUUGAUCAAUGGCUACGCCGUCAUCUACAUGACCAUUGUAGUAUUUUUCAGCUUCUGGCCCACCCAGAUGUCCGUCGACAAAACCACGAUGAACUUCAGUGUGGUCGGCACGAUCGGGACGGUUAUCCUGGCGUUGAUCUACUAUGUCUUCCGGGCUCGGCAUGUGUACACAGGGCCCGUCGUCGAGCUGCAUCGGUGAUAAGGCUAUUCUUGGAGGAUCGGAUGUACACAAGUUGCAGUGAAAUAACACCUUCUCUGCUUGUCUUAAUAUGAUGCCCAAAACUGAUUUCCAGUCUGUCUUACAUUUCAAAGGAAUCACUCCUAUCACGAGAUACGAGGAA